UGACGCAACUCUGUUUCAUAACACGCAGGUGGAGGGAGGAGGAGCUCACGUGACGUCAUGGGAUCGGCUCGGAGUUAUAAACACAAGUUGAGUAAAUACUGAGAUACAAGCGAUCAGAUUUGAUUGAGAAAUCUUUCAUCAUGUCCUUCGAUCUGAACGCAGCUCUUGGAGAUGAAGUGAAGAAGGCUGAAGCCAACGAGGUGCAGGGGAUAUUUGGGUUUGGAAAACACAAGGAUCACGAACAUGGGAAUGGACAUGGUCAUCAGCAGCAUGGAUACGGGCACGGUCAUCAGCAGCAGCAUGGAUACGGGCACGGUCAUCAGCAGCAGCAUGGAUACGGGCACGGUCAUCAGCAGCAUGGAUACGGGCACGGUCAUCAGCCGUAUGCAUACUGGGACGGUCAUCAGCAGCAUGGAUACGGGCACGGUCAUCAGCCAUAUGGAUACGGUCAUCAGCAGCAUGGAUAUGGGGACGGUCAUCAGCAGCAUGGAUUCGGGCUCGGUCAACAGCAACAUGGAUACGGGGACGGUCAUCAGCAGCAUGGAUACGGGCAUGGGCAUCAGCAGCAUGGAUUCGGGCACAGUCAUCAGCAGCAUGGAUUCGGGCACGGUCAUCAGCAGCAUGGAUACGGGCACGGUCAUCAGCACCAUUAACAUGGACAUAAGCAUGGUGCUGAAGUUAAUCUUGUACUUCAUUGUGAUUAAUUUACCUAAACCUGAAUUUGAGAGUCAUGAUCUGACGUAUGGUUUCUUUUAGUAGGUGAUUCUUCUUUUAUUCGUACUGAUUUCAUUCUUUAACCCAGAGAAGGUAGGUUGAGCUUCACAUCUAGUGUGAUAAUGUUUUCCUUCCUAAAACAGUUCAAAUCUAAAUCUAGACCUGGUAUGGUUUAGACCUGUUGUGCACUUGCCCUUGUAAUGUUGAACAACUGGUUUCAUCUGAAUAAUGACGGACAGAGCUUUCUAGGAAACAAACAAAAAAACAUAUUUGGGAGAAAACAGGUUCUGCUGAUAAAUAUAAAUGGAAAACUGUAGACAAAUGUACGAUUGUUUACGUAUGAAGACUUCUGCCGUGAGGAUGUUGCUCGCUAACUACUAAGGAACUGAAUCAAAAGCUUUAAAUAAUAUAUUGUAAUACAUAUAAAAUACAGAUAAGUUGAGGAAGUAUAUCAUGUGUUUUAAACAGAAGUUAUUGUUUUAGCCAGGUCUAUAAACAGCAGAUUUACAUUUUGACAAAUGCACUGUUAAAGAUCAAUGUCUCACAAUAAGUCAACAUGUGUUAAAACUGUGAAAGUGAAAUGUUCAGUAUACUUUAUCUGAGUCUGGAAUAAAUAAACCUGGAAUAAAAAGUGU